AUGAGGUCAGAGCAGGCAGAGGAGAGUGAGGCAGAGGGGCCAGGGGAGGAGGCGGCCCCCCAACUGGGCAGCCUCUCCCGUCAAGAUUACGCUUUGUUUUCAAACAAGUCACAGGCGGUAGCUUCUGCUUUGAAGCCCCCACCGCUUCCGUUCCCCUGGGCUCCUACCGUCUACUCCCAAAUUAGGAGUUUGAGGAGGGCAGGGGUGUGGUGGGGGUGGAAGUCCUUCUGGAGCUCCAAGGGAGGUCCAGCCACUCAGACUCGGCUUUCUCAUCGAUCUCUUUUCCCGGAGCCUAGCUACUGCCGACUCCUUUGGAUCCUGAGCCAAUUCUCUGCAUCGCCUACCCUUGGAGUGUGGUAUCAGCCUCCGCAUAUCACCAUGGAAACAGGAGCCUCUGCAUCCAUCCCAGAACUGAUUUGUGAAGCUAUGAGAAGAAUCUGA